AGAGAAUGAGAUACUGCACACACUUUCCUUUUUAGCGGGUGUUACAGUUUGGUCCCAGUUUACGGAGUUGCCAUUUACCUUGUACUCAACAUUUGUGAUUGAGGCCCGCCAUGGUUUUAACAAGAAAACAAUACGACUAUUCAUCAGGGACACAAUCAAAAGUAUUAUUUUAACCAUUGUGAUAGGCCCACCUAUUGUGGCUGCAAUCAUUCUGAUAGUUCAGAAAGGAGGUCCUUUCUUGGCCAUAUAUCUGUGGGGUUUCAUGCUUGUCCUGUCUCUUGUUAUGAUGACGUUAUACCCUAUCCUAAUUGCCCCACUUUUUAACAAGUUCACCCCACUUCCUGAUGGUGAGCUUAGAGGAAAAAUUGAAGACCUUGCUUCCUCACUCAAAUUCCCCUUAAAGAAUUUGUUUGUUGUAGAUGGAUCAACAAGGUCAAGCCAUAGCAAUGCAUACAUGUAUGGAUUCUUCAAGAACAAAAGGAUAGUCCUUUAUGAUACAUUGAUUUAGCAGUGCGAGAAUGAUGAGGAGGUUGUUGCUGUCCUGGCGCAUGAAUUAGGCCACUGGAAACUAAAUCAUACAAUGUACACCUUCGUUGCUUUCCAGAUCCUCACAUUCUUACAGUUUGGAGGGUACACACUCCUUAGGAACUCAAAGGAUAUGUUUCAGAGUUUUGGCUUUGACACUCAACCAGUUCUUAUCGGGCUUUUGAUUUAUCAGCACACUUAUUCCUUUGCAGCACCUUGUGAGUUUCAGACUCAAUCUUGUUAGCCGAGCUUUUGAAUUUCAGGCUGAUACCUUUGCAAAGGAACUUGGGUACGGUUUACCUCUUCGUGCUGCUCUCGUAAAGUUGCAGGAGGAAAAUUCAUCUGCAAUGAACGUAGAUCUUUGGUAUUCUUCUUACCAUCACUCUCAUCCUCCGCUGGUAGAAAGAUUGGCUGCAACUGACCAAAAUGAUAAAAAGACAGACUGAUCAUGGCUUCAGGCAAACCACUCCCCCACCCAUCCACUCCCAAAAAAGAGCAGUAGAAAAGAAUUACUUCGGAUAGUUAAAUUGCAGAUACAUUAUCUUCGCAACAUAAACCACUCUACCUAUCUUUUGCACCUCAACUCGUUAAGUAAUGCUCGAAAAAGGGAACUUUUGGUUAUUUUUUUCUUAAUUUGGCCUAACCUGCGCUACUAAACCACAUCUAAGUUGUAGGCUUAGUGUACUUGUUUUAGAAAAAGUGAACUUACGUAUAAUGUACAACAUUAUUAGUACCUAGUAAUGGGUAAUGAUACUGGAUUUGAAGUCUGAUACUUGGGAAAAAAAAUUAUCUAAGAAAAACAAGAGAAGUAAAAAACAAAAACAAAUUUGAUGGCUUCUGUCACAAAAUUUAAGAAAAUAAACAUAUUCACUCACUCCGGUAAUUUAAAAACUGUUCAAACCGUAUUUGCAAGGACCACAUUCAUUGAUAAUUAUAAUGCAGUUUGGAACCCCAAAUAUACCUAUUGGAAGAAGAUUUGUGAUACAAAAACCGAUUUGGUUACACCAAGUGGAAGCCUUCGGAUCUGCUAGAGAAUUACUUUGCACCAUUGUGGAGAGUAUUUAUCUAGAAAGGAGAUUUAAAUUAUAAGAGCCAAUAAAUAUCAACACACAGAAAUAGUGAGUGUUUUAACUUCGUUCAACAAGAAAGAUAAUAUAUCUAAAAAAAAUUAAACUCAACAUUUGUUACUUGUACUAUAACAGCUUACAGAAAGGUGCUUCCUCUUUAUGUACCAUCAUUGGUAUAAACUCACCCUUUAUGAUCACAUUAUUAACUCAC